AUGGAUUUCGGUGAAAUUGCCCGGAUCAUUCAAGAAGGAAUUACAGCUGGCCUGCAACGGAAUGCUCGGGGGCCAACAGAGUAUGAUGGGACGAUCGACCCCAUCAACCAUCUCAAUGUAUACACUGAUGUCAUGAACUUGCAAGUUGCACCGGAUCAGGUUAUGUGCAAAGCUUUUCCACAAACGUUGACUAAUGCUGCUAGGGAUUGGUUUUCGACAUUGGAGCCUAACUCCAUAGCCUCAUUCUCAGAUUUGGCUGAUAAGUUCUCAGCCUUCUUUGCAAGUAGCAAGCGAAUUAGGAAGACUGCAGCCUCUCUCAUGCAACUUCUCCAAGGAUCAACUGAAACCCUACGAGGAUUUAUGACAAGGUUUAACAAGGAAAGGAUUCAAAUACCCGACCUUCACAUCACAGUAGCUGUCUCCGCCCUCACUUACGCCAUAAGAUGUGAAACUUUCAAGAUGUCUUUAUCAAAGACCCUGCCGCAGACAGUGACUGAGCUCCUCACCCGAGCCGAAAAAUACAUUAAUAUGGAGGAAACACUAAAUCCAAGGAAACCUGGUCCUUCCCAUGAAAAGGCCAAGAAUAAGAGGCAACAUGAUCCCAUUCCCCGGCAUGAGCUUCCUCGGGAUAAGCGUAGGAAUGAGGCGUCGUCAGCACCACUCACUCGGUUGAACACCUCUAAGACAAAUAUCUUGAUGGAGAUUAAGGAUAUGAAAGAAUUAAAGUGGCCUUCAAGGAUAAAGUCACCCCCUGACACAAGAGAUAGGAGCAAAGGAUUUUUAAAGAAUUACAUUGGUCAUGAUAAACACCCGAGGAAUGACCGUGACAAUCGAAAAGAGCCUGGAGCCGGAAGCAGUGCUCAACCCACCGCCAGGACCAUUAAUAUUAUAGUUGGGGGCAUAGCAUCCGGAGGAGACACAAGUACUGGGCGAAAGCAGUAUGCCCGCCAACAUGCUCAUAUGCCAAGCGAAUCCCAUGAUGAAGUCAAAGACAUCACUUUUGAAGCAACAGAUUUGGAAGGAAUAUCAUAUCCUCAUGACGAUGCCUUGGUCGUCUCUGCAAUUGUGGCUAACUUCGAAGUAAAAAGGAUUCUGGUUGAUAAUGAGAGUGCAGCAAAUAUACUCUCGUAG